AUGACUUCCCGAAGCACAUCUUUCUCGCACAGCCCGCACCGGCCCCCGCGCCCUUCCAUCAGCUCGAGGAUCUCGUUCGCCGUCUCGACCGCCGAACAAAGCGAGCACGAUGACGAGGCCGCCGGCGGUCCGCCGGCGAGUCAUCAGCAGCAGCAGAUCGAGGACGAGAUCGCCGAGAUCAAGCGCUACGAGGACUUUACCACCAUAGACUGGGUACAAGAUGCCGCCAGGGAGCAGGCGCGGAAGAAGUUGCAUCGGAGGCGGCGGGCUGGGAUGCUCGACACCGGCCAGGCGGCGGGCUGGAGGUAUCGUCUGCGCGAGUCCUACGACGCUGCGCAGGGCUGGCUUGUCGUCACGCUGAUUGGUAUCGCCAUUGGGCUCAACGCAGCCUUUCUGAAUAUUAUUACGGAGUGGUUGUCCGAUAUAAAGAUGGGACAUUGCACGACGGCAUUCUAUCUGAACGAAAACUUUUGCUGCUGGGGCGAGGACAAUGGCUGCGACGAGUGGCAUGCCUGGACGGGAUUCGGCCCGGCGAAUUACGUUAUCUACAUCAUUGUUGGCGCCGUCUUUGCCUUCACCUCGGCCACGCUGGUCAAGUCGUUUGCGCCGUACGCCGCGGGAUCGGGUAUCUCCGAGAUCAAGUGUAUCAUUGCCGGCUUCGUCAUGAAGGGGUUCUUGGGAUUCUGGACGCUCUUGAUCAAGUCCGUUUGUCUGCCCCUGGCUAUCGCCUCUGGUCUGUCCGUAGGCAAGGAGGGUCCCAGUGUGCACUACGCUGUGUGCACCGGGAACGUUAUUUCGCGCUUGUUCGAGAAAUACCGACGCAACGCCUCCAAGACGAGGGAGAUACUGAGCGCCUGUGCUGCUGCUGGUGUUGCUGUCGCGUUUGGCAGUCCCAUAGGCGGAGUGCUUUUCUCUCUGGAAGAGAUGUCCAACUACUUUCCUCUCAAGACGUUAUGGCGCAGCUACUUCUGUGCGCUUGUGGCGACGGCUGUGCUUGCGGCCAUGAAUCCUUUCAGGACGGGACAGCUUGUCAUGUUCCAAGUCCAUUACGAUCGAUCGUGGCACUUCUUCGAGGUUGUCUUUUACAUCAUAUUGGGCAUUUUUGGCGGACUCUACGGCGCCUUUGUGAUGAAGUGGAAUUUACGGGCUCAGGCGUUUAGGAAGAAGUAUCUGUCAAAGUACGCCAUUGCGGAGGCAACGAUUCUCGCGGCGGGCACUGCAAUCAUCUGCUACCCCAACGUCUUUUUGAGAAUCGACAUGACCGAGAGCAUGGAAAUCCUGUUCCUCGAGUGCGAGGGGGCCGAGGACUACCACGGCCUGUGCGAGCCAGACAAGAGACUUUCCAAUAUCUUGUCGCUGGCUCUGGCUACGAUCCUGAGGAUCCUGCUGGUCAUCAUCUCCUACGGCUGCAAAGUGCCAGCCGGUAUUUUCGUUCCGUCCAUGGCUAUCGGGGCUUCAUUCGGGCGGACGGUCGGCAUCAUUGUUCAGGCAAUCCACGAGGCCAACCCUACGAGUGCUUUCUUCGCAGCUUGUAAGCCAGACGAGCCGUGUAUCACUCCCGGCACGUACGCCUUCCUCGGCGCUGCCGCCGCGCUGAGUGGUAUCAUGCACAUUACCGUGUCCGUCGUUGUCAUUAUGUUUGAGCUCACUGGCGCCCUGACUUACAUUCUACCCACCAUGAUUGUCGUCGGCGUGACCAAGAUCGUCAGCGAAAUGUUUGGCAAAGGUGGUAUUGCGGAUAGGAUGAUCUGGUUCAGCGGAUUUCCCUUCCUAGAUAACAAGGAGGAACACAACUUUGGCGUCCCCGUUUCAGAGGUGAUGCGAAAGGAGCUUACAUCUUUGCCCGUGAGCGGCAUGGAAUUCUCAGAGCUCGAGAGGCUUCUCAAGGAGGACAAGUACCAGGGCUUCCCCAUUGUCGAGGACACAACCUCAAAGAUCCUCGUUGGCUACAUUGGUCGCACCGAGCUGCGCUAUGCCAUCGACCGCGUACGGCGCGAGAGACCCAUCAACCCCGACGCCAGAUGCACCUUCUCGCCCCCACCGACCGCACUCAAUGCCACUACUCCAUUGACACCGACCGUGACCGUCAACCUUGACCCAAUGUCGACCGCGUCGGUUGACUUUAGCCGGUACAUUGACACCACGCCCGUCACAGCCCACCCGCGCCUCCCCUUGGAGACCGUGAUGGAACUGUUCCGCAAAAUCGGCCCGCGGGUCGUUCUCAUCGAGUACCACGGCUCUCUAUCCGGCCUGGUGACGGUCAAGGACUGCCUCAAGUAUCAGUUCACGGCCGAGCAUGCCGAGAACCCGCGCGACGACUCCGCCUUUGCGGAGAGCCAGGAGAAGCUGUGGAGCGCGAUGCGGCGUGCGGCUGGGUGGGUUUCUGACAAGGUGUCGACGGCUUCUGGCGGGAGAAUACAGCUUUCAUCGGUUGAAGAGCGACGCGGCGGCGGGGGCAGUGGUGGAGGUGGAAGUGGCACUAACGGCGGUGGGGGCGGUGGUCGCUUGGCUGGGGCGCAAAUAUUAGACGGCGACGAGGAUGUCGUCGAUGACGGCGCUUUGGAGCUUGAGAACCGGUAA